CACCGCGCUGUGUAGUUACGGUUACCUCGUGGCUUCUGUCCAACCGGAGGCGUUAGGAGAUCACAUCGCGCGCUUUACCCACCGGCUGCGCAGUUGCAUGUUAUCCUAUCCAGCGCGAGCCUGGUACGAGAUAUCUACCGCUGCCGCCUAACCGGAAUCUUCCUUUAUAUAGACGGAGACAAAACAAAAACAACCACAUUCAACUAACGGCAGAAAAAACACCCAGAACUUCCUUUUUUUCUCUCCUUGUUUAUCGCGUCCUGGUUCUCUUCUUAGAAUCUAAAGCCACGGAGCGCUUUACUAUAUAACCUACAGUAUAUUCUUUACUAUAUAACCUACAGUAUAUCGGCUUUUGCAACGCCAUGACAGGCGAGAAGAAAGUCUCAGUAGUCAAUGGCAAACCAGAGGACGCCCUGGACUUGGAGUCAGCCAAUGACAAGAAGCCAGUCAACGAGAGGGGCCACUGGAACAACAAGAUUGAGUUUGUCCUGUCGGUGGCCGGAGAGAUCAUAGGGCUAGGAAACGUGUGGCGUUUCCCUUACCUGUGUUACAAGAAUGGAGGAGGUGCGUUCUUCGUACCAUAUAUAAUCUUCUUUAUAUGUUGUGGCAUCCCGGUGUUCUUCCUGGAGACAGCUCUGGGACAGUUCACCAGCGAAGGAGGCAUCACAUGUUGGAGGAAAUGCUGCCCGCUCUUUGAAGGUAUUGGCUAUGCGACCCAGGUGAUCGUGGCCCAUUUGAAUGUGUAUUAUGUGGUUAUCCUGUCUUGGGCUAUCUUCUACCUGUUCAACUGCUUCACCACGGAGCUACCCUGGGCCUCGUGUGAUCACUACUGGAACACAGAGAACUGUGUCGAUUUCCAGAGGAACGGCACCAAUUUCACCUUCAACCCCAACGCCACCUCGCCUGUUGUAGAGUUCUGGGAACGUCGUGUCCUCAAGAUCUCCAGUGGGAUUGAACACAUCGGGAAGCUACGCUGGGAACUGGCUCUGUGUCUGGCUCUGGCUUGGGUCAUCUGCUACUUCUGCAUAUGGAAAGGGCCCAAAUCCACCGGAAAGGUGGUGUAUGUGACUGCUACCUUUCCCUAUGUCAUGCUGUUGGUCCUGCUGAUCCGAGGUGUGACUCUGCCGGGGGCAUGGGAAGGAAUCAAGUUCUACCUGUACCCUGACAUCUCCCGCCUCUCAGACCCACAGGUGUGGGUGGAUGCUGGGACUCAGAUCUUCUUCUCCUAUGCCAUCUGUUUGGGGUGCCUGACGGCCCUGGGGAGCUACAACAGCUACGACAACAACUGUUACAGGGACUGCAUCAUGCUGUGCUGUCUGAAUAGUGGGACCAGCUUCGUGGCGGGCUUCGCCAUCUUCUCUGUGCUUGGCUUCAUGGCCCUAGAACAGGGUGUGCCCAUCGAGGCUGUGGCAGAGUCUGGUCCAGGCUUAGCCUUCAUAGCCUACCCUAAAGCUGUGACCAUGAUGCCUCUGUCUCCUCUGUGGGCUUGUCUCUUCUUCAUGAUGCUCAUUUUCCUGGGGCUGGACAGCCAGUUUGUGUGUGUAGAGAGCCUGGUGACAGCGGUAAUAGACAUGUACCCAGAGACUUUCAGGAGAGGCUACCGGCGAGAAAUGCUCAUCCUGGGCUUGUCUAUAUGCUCCUUCUUCCUGGGGCUCAUCAUGCUGACAGAGGGGGGAAUGUACGUGUUCCAGCUGUUUGACUCGUACGCGGCCAGUGGGAUGUGUCUGCUGUUUGUGGCCAUCUUCGAGUCAAUAUGUAUCGGCUGGGUAUACGGUAGUGACAGGUUCUAUAUGAACAUUGAGGAUAUGAUUGGAUACCGGCCUGCCAUCUUCAUCAAAUGGUGCUGGAUGCUACUGACCCCAGGCAUCUGUGCUGGUAUCUUCCUGUUCUUCCUGAUUAAGUACAAGCCUCUGAAGUACAACAAUGUGUAUAUCUACCCAGACUGGGGCUACGGUAUAGGCUGGAUGAUGGCCCUGUCCUCCAUGGUCUGCAUUCCCCUAGGAAUCAUCAUACAGCUCUGGAAAACACCGGGAACCUUCUCAGAGAGGAUGACUUUCCUGACCACCCCCAGUCCAGAUCUGGUGAUGAGAGGUAAACUGGCUGGUAUGAGCCCCUUCACCAUCAGACCCAAGCCCAGCAAAGAGUCAAAGAAAGCUGCAAAGAUCGCUACCAUCACAGAGAAGGAGACCCAUUUCUAACACUUCUCAAAGUCCAACCACUGACCAAGCCUCUAUCUGUCUGUCCCCAACCACAACCACAAUGAAGACAACAACAAACAACAAACAAAACAAACAAACAAAAGAAACAACAAACAGACGAUAAUAAAGGACUGUUUUAUUUAGGGUUUUGUUUUUAAAAGAGAAAGAAGUUAUCACAUAAUUAUUAGUCUUGCUUCUUCUUUUUUUGUACGAACUUUAUUAACACAUCAUCUACGUUAACAUUAUGACUAAAGAGAUCAUUUUUAACGAUUAGAAGAAUAUCAAGUAUAUUGAUUGAGAUCGGCAUGAUAUCGUGCAGGUAUUCGUGUCACUAGUGUUUUACUGUACAACUGUAGGUCUUUAUCUAACUCAUUCACUGAGUAUACAAAACAUUAAGAACACCUUCCAUGCCCCCUAACUCAAUUCGUCGGGGGGAUGGACUCUACAAGGUGUCGAAAGCGUUUCCACAGGGAUGCUGGCCCCUUGUUGACUCCAGUGCUUCCCCACAGCUGUGUCAAGUUGGCUGGAUGUCCUUUGGAGGGUGGAUCAUUCUUGAUACACACAGGAAUCUGUUGAUCAUGAAAACCCACGGCAGCACCUACUAACAUAUCCCGUUCAAAGGCCUAUUCACCUUCUGAAUAAAACACAUACACAAUACAUGUCUCAAUUAUCUCAAGGCUUAAAAAUCGAUCUUUAACAUGUCUCCUCCCCUUCAUUUACACUGCUUAAAGUGGAUUUAACACGCGAGAUCAAUAAGAGAUCAUAGCUUUCACCUGAAUUCACCUGGUCGGUCUAUGUCAUGGAAAGAGCAGGGAUUCUUAAUGUUUUGUCCAGUCAGUGUACAGCAGUACUGCUGGAACCUUGCUGAAGUGCAUUUUGUGUUUAGAGAGAUUAUUAUACAUUUAUAGAGAGAACCUCCUUCCCAGAGUUGUUAUCAACUUAUAGAGAGAACCUCCUUCCCAGAGUUGUUAUCAACUUAUAGAGAGAACCUCCUUCCCAGAGUUGUUAUCAACUUAUAGAGAGAACCUCCUUCCCAGAGUUGUUAUCAACUUAUAGAGAGAACCUACUUCCCAGGGUUGUUAUCAACUUAUAGAGAGAACCUCCUUCCCAGAGUUGUUAUCAACUUAUAGAGAGAACCUUCUUCCCAGGGUUGUUAUCAAGUUAUAGAGAGAACCUCCUUCCCAGGGUUGUUAUCAACUUAUAGAGAGAACCUCCUUCCCAGGGUUGUUAUCAACUUAUAGAGAGAACCUCCUUCCCAGGGUUGUUAUCAACUUAUAGAGAGAACCUCCUUCCCAGGGUUGUUAUCAACUUAUAGAGAGAACCUCCUUCCCAGGGAUGUUAUCAACUUAUAGAGAGAACCUCCUUCCCAGGGAUGUUAUAAACUUAUAGAGAGAACCUCCUUCCCAGGGUUGUUAUCAACUUAUAGAGAGAACCUCCUUCCCAGGGUUGUUAUCAACUUAUAGAGAGAACCUUCUUCCCAGAGUUGUUAUCAACUUAUAGAGAGAACCUCCUUCCCAGGGAUGUUAUAAACUUAUAGAGAGAACCUCCUUCCCAGAGUUGUUAUCAACUUAUAGAGAGAACCUCCUUCCCAGGGAUGUUAUAAACUUAUAGAGAGAACCUCCUUCCCAGGGUUGUUAUAAACUUAUAGAGAGAACCUCCGAACCUCCAAAAUUAAAUUAACUUUCCCCAAGUUCUUGGGUCUUCCAGUAACUCUGGUUGGAGUAUUUGCUCCCAGCUACCCCGUGAUUCUGGGGGUAGCUUCCUAGUCUUAAAGAGGCAGUAGGGCACUGUGCUCCAGCCCUGGUUGAAAGGUCCUUAAAGAGGCAGCAGGGCACUGUGCUCCAGCCCUGGUUGAAAGUUCCUUAAAGAGGCAGUAGGGCACUGAGCUCCAGCCCUGGUUGAAAGGUCCUUAAAGAGGCAGUAGGGCACUGUGCGCCAGCCCUGGUUGAAAGGUCCUUAAAGAGGCAGUAGGGCACUGUGCUCCAGCCCUGGUUGAAAGGUCCUUAAAAAGGCAGUAGGGCACUGCACCAGCCCUGGUUGAAAGGUCCUUAAAGAGGCAGUAGGGCACUGUGCUCCAGCCCUGGUUGAAAGGUCCUUAAAGAGGCAGUAGGGCACUGUGCUCCAGCCCUGGUUGAAAGGUCCUUAGUCCCCAUUGUCAUCUCUGACUGACUCGCAGGCCGAUUUAGUUUCAGUGUCAGUGACAACAAUGACGUCUUCUUUCUCCUCGGUCAUUUCACAGCGAUUAGACUGAGUUUAAUCCAAACUGACAGAUGAUGCGCGUCUCAUAAUUUUUUCGGUUCUGCUCGGCUCCGUUCGGCUCAGAGUCCAGAUAGAUAGAGAGACAGACAGAACCGUCAGUCUCCUCCCCCCUCCUCAUCCUCCUUCUCCCUCAUCCUCGUCCUCCUCCUUCUCCCCUCAUCCUCCUCGUUGAUAGUGACACUAGCUGGUUUUGACCUUAAGUAGGGGGCGGAAUGAGCUGGUCUCAUAUCCACAGUCGCCCCGCCCCAUCUUCCUUGUCCAAUCAACUCUUUGUGGCCACUAGCUGCUAAUUGGGCCUGUCUACUGCGGUGUGACUAGUCUGCUUCCUGGAGAGCAUGCGGUGCAGGCUUUUUCUCUAGACCUGCGCUAACACACCUGAUUUUACCUAAUCAGCUGCUGCUCAUCCUUGAUUGGCAGAUUCACAUUUCAUUCUACCGAUCAUCAGGAUUGUGAUUGGUUCAGAUGAAUCGUGUUCGUUAGGAAAAAGAACCUGGAGGAGUGUUGCUGGGUCCACCAGGGUUCUCCAACGCUGUUCCUGGAGGAACGUUACUGCGUCCACCAGGGUUCUCCAACGCUGUUCCUGGAGGAACGUUACUGGGUCCACCAGGGUUCUCCAACGCUGUUCCUAGAGGAACGUUACUGGGUCCACCAGGGUUCUCCAAUGCUGUUCCUGGUGGAACGUUACUGGGUCCACUAGGGUUCUCCAAUGCUGUUCCUGGAGGAACGUUACUGCGUCCACCAGGGUUCUCCAACGCUGUUCCUGGAGGAACGUUACUGGGUCCACCAGGGUUCUCCAAUGCUGUUCCUGGUGGAACGUUACUGGGUCCACUAGGGUUCUCCAAUGCUGUUCCUGGAGGAACGUUACUGGGUCCACCAGGGUUCUCCAAUGCUGUUCCUGGAGUAACGUUACUGGGUCCACCAGGGUUCUCCAAUGCUGUUCCUGGAGGAACGUUACUGGGUCCACCAGGGUUCUCCAAUGCUGUUCCUGGAGGAACGUUACUGGGUCCACCAGGGUUCUCCAAUGCUGUUCCUGGUGGAACGUUACUGGGUCCACUAGGGUUCUCCAAUGCUGUUCCUGGAGGAACGUUACUGGGUCCACUAGGGUUCUCCAAUGCUGUUCCUGGUGGAACGUUACUGGGUCCACCAGGGUUCUCCAACGCUGUUCCUGGAGGAACGUUACUGGGUCCACCAGGGUUCUCCAAUGCUGUUCCUGGAGGAACGUUACUGGGUCCACCAGGGUUCUCCAAUGCUGUUCCUGGUGGAACGUUACUGGGUCUACUAGGGUUCUCCAAUGCUGUUCCUGGAGGAACGUUACUGGGUCCACUAGGGUUCUCCAAUGCUGUUCCUGGAGGGCUACCAUCCCCAGUUGUAACUAACCUGAUUCAGUUUAUCAGCUUAUCAACCAGCUCAUUAUUAGAAUCAGGUGUUCUAGAUUAGGGUUGGCAAUGAAACCUACACGACGGUAGCUCUCUGGCCUUGGUAUAUACUGUGGACUGGACACAGGGAUGCUCUGUUAUCUGUGGUCUCUACUCUCUCUAUCACCUCUGUUAUCUGUGGUCUCUACUUUAUCACGUCUCUGUUAUCUGUGAUCUCUACUCUCUCUAUCACCACUCUGUUAUCUGUGGUCUCUACUCUCUCUAUCACCUCUUCAUCUUCACUGACGUUUGUGCAACUUAAACAAUGUGUGGCGUUAUUUUAACAGCUUGAUUUAACAUUGGAGAUUGAUGUAUAUGUUUACAUCCUAGUAGAAAUGUUUUGUGGUCUUAUUUCUUAUAGAUGAAGUGUGAAAAGGACAAAGUACACAUCCUAAACUGCACCCAAUUUGCUAUAUAGUGCACUACCCAUUGGUCUCUGGUGAAAAGCAGUGCCCUACCCAUUGAUCUGGUGAAAAGUAGUGCCCUACCCAUUGAUCUCUGGUGAGAAGUAGUGCCCUACCCAUUGGUCUCUGGUGAAAAGUAGGGCCCUACCCAUUGGUCUCUGGUGAAAAGUAGUGCCCUACCCAUUGGUCUCUGGUGAAAAGUAGUGCCCUACCCAUUGGUCUGGUGAAAUCUAGUUCCCUACCCAUUGGUCUCUGGUGAAAAGUAGUGCCCUACCCAUUGAGCUGGUGAAAUCUAGUGCCCUACCCAUUGAUCUCUGGUGAAAUCUAGUGCCCUACCCAUUUAUCUCUGGUGAAAAGUAGUGCCCUACCCAUUGAUCUGGUGAAAAGUAGUGCCCUACCCAUUGAUCUCUGGUGAAAAGUAGUGCCCUACCCAUUGAUCUGGUGAAAAGUAGUGCCCUACCCAUUGAUCUGGUGAAAAGUAGUGCCCUACCCAUUGAUCUGGUGAAAAGUAGUGCCCUACCCAUUGAUCUGGUGAAAAGUAGUGCCCUACCCAUUGAUCUGGUGAAAAGUAGUGCCCUACCCAUUGGUCUCUGGUGAAAAGUAGUGCCCUACCCAUUGAUCUGGUGAAAAGUAGUGCCCUACCCAUUGGUCUCUGGUGAAAAGCAGUGCCCUACCCAUUGAUCUGGUGAAAAGUAGUGCCCUACCCAUUGAUCUCUGGUGAAAAGUAGUGCCCUACCCAUUGAUCUGGUGAAAAGUAGCGCCCUACCCAUUGGUCUCUGGUGAAAAGUAGUGCCCUACCCAUUGGUCUCUGGUGAAAAGUAGUGCCCUACCCAUUGAACUGGUGAAAAGUAGUGCCCUACCCAUUGAUCUCUGGUGAAAAGUAGUGCCCUACCCAUUGAUCUCUGGUGAAAAGUAGUGCCCUACCCAUUGGUCUCUGGUUAAACUGUGUUGGGAAUACAGUACCAUAUGAGACAAACAAAUAUACAGUGCCUUCAGAAAGUACUCAUACCCCCAGUUUUUAUCUCACCAAUCUACACACAAUAACUCAUAACGACAAAGUCAAAACAUGUUUUUUUAUAAAUGUUUGCAAAGUGUAUUGAAAAUUAAAUACAAAACUGUCUCAUUGACAUACGAAUUCACACCCCUGAGGCAAUAAUUUGUAGAAGCACCUUUGGCGGUGAUUACAGUGUUGAGUCAUCUUGGGUAUGUCUGUAUCAGCUUUGAGUCGUUUUGGGUAUGUCGGUAUCAUCUUUGAGUAUUCUUGGAUAUGUCUGUAUCAGCUUUGAGUCAUCUUGGGUAUGUCUGUAUCAGCUUUGAGUCGUCUUGGGUAUGUCUAUCAGCUUUGAGUCAUCUUAGUUAUGUCUGUAUCAGCUUCGAGUCGUCUUGGGUAUGUCUGUAUCAGCAUUGAGUCGUCUUGGAUAUGUCCGUAUCAGCUUUCAGUUGUCUUGAGUAUAUCUGUAUCAGCUUUGAGUCGUCUUGGGUAUGUCUGUAUAAGCUUUGAGUCGUCUUGAGUAUAUCUGUAUCAGCUUUGAGUCGUCUUGGGUAUGUCUGUAUAAGCUUUGAGUCGUCUUAGGUAUGUCUGUAUCAGCUUUGAGUCGUCUUGAGUAUGUCCGUAUCAGCAUUGAGUCGUCUUGGAUAUGUCCGUAUCAGCAUUGAGUCGUCUUGGAUAUGUCCGUAUCAGCUUUGAGUCGUCUUGAGUAUAUCUGUAUCAGCUUUGAGUUGUCUUGAGUAUAUCUGUAUCAGCUUUGAGUCGUCUUGGGUAUAUCUGUAUCAGCUUUGAGUCGUCUUGACUAUAUCUGUAUCAGCUUUGAGUUGUCUUGAGUAUAUCUGUAUCAGCUUUGAGUCGUCUUGGGUAUAUCUGUAUCAGCUUUGAGUCGUCUUGGAUAUGUCCGUAUCAGCUUUCAGUUGUCUUGAGUAUAUCUGUAUCAGCUUUGAGUCGUCUUGGGUAUAUCUGUAUCAGCUUUGAGUCGUCUUGGAUAUGUCCGUAUCAGCUUUCAGUUGUCUUGAGUAUAUCUGUAUCAGCUUUGAGUCGUCUUGGAUAUGUCCGUAUCAGCUUUCAGUUGUCUUGAGUAUAUCUGUAUCAGCUUUGAGUCAUCUUGGAUAUGUCCGUAUCAGCUUUCAGUUGUCUUGAGUAUAUCUGUAUCAGCUUUGAGUCGUCUUGGGUAUAUCUGUAUCAGCUUUGAGUCGUCUUGGAUAUGUCCGUAUCAGCUUUCAGUUGUCUUGAGUAUAUCUGUAUCAGCUUUGAGUCGUCUUGGGUAUAUCUGUAUCAGCUUUGAGUCGUCUUGGAUAUGUCCGUAUCAGCUUUCAGUUGUCUUGAGUAUAUCUGUAUCAGCUUUGAGUCGUCUUGGAUAUGUCCGUAUCAGCUUUCAGUUGUCUUGAGUAUAUCUGUAUCAGCUUUGAGUCGUCUUGGGUAUGUCUGUAUCAGCUUCGAGUCGUCUUGGGUAUGUCUGUAUCAGCAUUGAGUCGUCUUGGAUAUGUCCGUAUCAGCUUUCAGUCGUCUUGAGUAUAUCUGUAUCAGCUUUGAGUCGUCUUGGGUAUGUCUGUAUCAGCUUUGAGUCGUCUUAGGUAUGUCUGUAUCAGCUUUGAGUCGUCUUGGGUAUGUCUGUAUCAGCUUUGAGUCGUCUUAGGUAUGUCUGUAUCAGCUUUGAGUCGUCUUAGGUAUGUCUGUAUCAGCAUUGAGUCAUCUUGAGUAUAUCUGUAUCAGCUUUGAGUCGUCUUGGGUAUGUCUGUAUCAGCUUUGAGUCGUCUUAGGUAUGUCUGUAUCAGCUUUCAGUUGUCUUGAGUAUGUCUGUAUCAGCUUUCAGUUGUCUUGAGUAUGUCUGUAUCAGCUUUGAGUCGUCUUAGGUAUGUCCGUAUCAGCAUUGAGUCGUCUUGGGUAUGUCUGUAUCAGCUUUAUACAUCUGGAUUUGGGGAUUUUCUCCCUUGCAGAUUUGCUCAAGAUCUGUUAAGUUAGAUGGUGUGUGGUGAACAGCAAUCUUCAUGUCUUUCCACAGAUUGCUACUAGCUUCAAGUCUGGGCUUUGGCUGGGCCACUCAAGGACUUUCACAUUCUUGUUCUGAAACCAUUCCAGUGUUGCUUUGGCUGUCUGCUUGGGGUCGUUGUCCUGUUGGAAUGCAAAUCUUUGCCCCAGUCUACGGUCGUUUACACUCUGAAGCAGGUUCUCAUCAAGGAUUUGCGUGUAUUUGGCUCCAGUCAUUGUUCCCCUCUACCCUUACCAGUUUCCCAGUCCCUGCCACCGAAAAGCAUCUCCAUAGCAUGAUGCUGCCACCACCAUGCUUCACAGUUCGAUGGUGUUAGAUGGGUAAUGAGUUGUGCCUGGUUUUCUCCAGACAUACCGCUUUGCAUUCAGUCCACAGAGUUACAUUUUUGUCUCAUCAGACCACAUAAUCUUUUGCCUUUCAGUUGCCUUUUUGCAAAUGAACUCCAGGCGUGCUGUCAUGUGCCUUUUUCCAAACUCCAGGCGUGCGGUCAUGUGCCUUUUUCCAAACUCCAGGCGUGCUGUCAUGUGCCUUUUUCUCAGAAGUGGCUUCCCUUAUGGCCACUCUCCCAUAAAGCCCAGACUGGUGAAGUGGUGUCCUUUUGGUAGGUUCUCCCAUCUCAUCCGAAGGAAACUCUGUAGUUCUGUCAGAGUGGUCAAUGGGUUCUUGGUCACCUCCCUUGACCAAGGUCCAUCUUGCCCGGUUGUUGAGUUUGGUCAGACAGCCAGCUCUAGGCGGAGUCUGAGCAGUUCCAUAUUUGUGUUCCUUUCCCAAUGUUGGAGACAACUAUGCUCUUGGAAACUUUCAACACUCUAGAAAAUUGUUUUAUACCCUUCCCCAGAUAUAUGCCUCAUCACUAUUCUCUAUCAGAGAUCUAUGGACAGUUCCUUAGACUUCAUGAUAUAUGAUGUAGUUUCUGCUCUGACACGCACUGUCAACUGUGGACCUUAUAUAGACAAACGCGUUACUUUCCAAAUCAUGUACAAACAAUUGAAUUGGCUACAGGUGGGCUCCAAUCAAGUUGUAGUGACAUCUCAAGGAUGAUCAAAGGAAAUUGGAUGCACCUGAGCUCAAUUUGGAGUGUCAUAGCAAAGGGGUGUGACGACUUAUGUAAAUUAGAUAUUCCCGAGCUCAGUUUGGAGUUAAGGGGUGUGACUACUUAUGUAAAUGAGAUAUUCCUGAGCUCAGUUUGGAGUUAAGGGGUGUGACUACUUAUGUAAAUGAGAUAUUCCUGAGCUCAGUUUGGAGUGUCAUAACAAAGGGGUGUGACUACUUAUGUAAAUGAGAUAUUCCUGAACUCAGUUUGGAGUGUCAUAACAAAGGGGUGUGACUACUUAUGUAAAUGAGAUCUUCCUGAGCUCAGUUUGGAGUGGAGGGGUGUGACUACUUAUGUAAAUGAGAUAUUCCUGAGCUCAGUUUGGAGUGGAGGGGUGUGACUACUUAUGUAAAUGAGAUAUUCCUGAGCUCAGUUUGGAGUGACAUAGCAAAGGGGUGUGACUACUUAUGUAAAUGAGAUAUUCCUGAGCUCAGUUUGGAGUGUCAUAACAAAGGGGUGUGACUACUUAUGUAAAUGAGAUCUUCCUGAGCUCAGUUUGGAGUGAAGGGGUGUGGCGACUUAUGUAAAUGAGAUAUUCCUGAGCUCAGUUUGGAGUGGAGGGGUGUGACUACUUAUGUAAAUGAGAUAUUCCUGAGCUCAGUUUGGAGUUAAGGGGUGUGACUACUUAUGUAAAUGAGAUAUUCCUGAGCUCAGUUUGGAGUGUCAUAACAAAGGGGUGUGACUACUUAUGUAAAUGAGUUAUUCCUGAGCUCAGUUUGGAGUGGAGGGGUGUGACUACUUAUGUAAAUGAGAUAUUCCUGAGCUCAGUUUGGAGUGGAGGGGUGUGACUACUUAUGUAAAUGAGAUAUUCCUGAGCUCAGUUUGGAGUGUCAUAGCAGAAGGGAUUUGAACACUAAUAUGUAAUUUGAUAUUUUUCUAUUUACUUUUCAAUACAUUUUCAAAAAUGUCUAAAAACAUAUUUUCACUUUGUCAUUAUGGGGUUUUGUGUGUUGAUUGGUAAGAACUAAUGUACAGUACCAGUGAAACGUUUGGACACAUCUACUCAAGGAUUUUUCUUUAUUUAAAAAAAAAUAUUUUUUACAUUGUCGAAUAAUAACAAAGACAUCAAAACUAUGAAAUAACACAUAUGGAAUCAUGUAGUAACCAAAAAAAGCGUUAAACAAAUCAAAAUAUAUUUUAUGUUUGAGAUUCUUCAAAGUAGCCACUCUUUGCCUUGAUGAUAGCUUUACACCCUCUUGGCAAAUAUAUAUUUAUUUUGUUACUACAUGAUUUUCUUAUGUGUUAUAAUCAUAGUUUUUAUGUCUUCACUUUUAUUCUAGAAUGUAGAAAAUAGUUUCAAAAAAGAAAGAAAAACCCUUGAAUGAUGUGUGUGUGUCCAAACUUUUGACUGAUGCUGUAUAUUUAAUCCAUGUUGAAUUCAGGCUGUAAGACAUCAAGUCAAUGCUUUCUGAAGGCCCCUUUUUGUUGUUGUUGUUUUGUUUCUUUGGAAUCUUUCGAUAUGUCACUCAAACGAACAUACGUUUUAGAGAAAUAUAGUGGGAUUAAAAAUAAAAAAUAAAAGGUUGUUUUUAAUGUUA